CUGCUCGGUGAUCACUUCCUGAAGAUCUGAGCUUCCAACAGUUUGGAAGAAAUGGCGGACCGGGGUGAAUUAUUCGGCAGUGAUGGAGACAGCGACAACGAUCAAAGAGAGUCCAACUCCGGCUCUGGAUCAGACUCGGAGCAGGAGAGACCUCGAUCUGCCAGCAACGCCUCCGGCAGCGACAGUGAGAGGGAGCGGGAUGAUGACGACGAUGAUGAUGAAGGGCAGGAGGCAGGGAAGCCGAGCAUGAACAAGGAGCUGUUCGGCGAUGACAGCGAGGACGAGCAGCGCAGUGGCAGCGAUAACCAGUCGGAACACUCUGGGAACCAGUCGGACGCCAGCAUCCACUCCGACCAGGGGGAGAACGAUCACUCGGACGCAGAGCAGCACAGUGGGUCGGAGCACGACCAGCGGGAGGAGGACGAGGACGACGAAGAUGCAGGGAACCGGUCAGAUGGAGGGAGCCCGGCGAGCAGCGGGAUGUCCGGUGGCGGGAGCCCUCGUUCUGAGAGGGGCAGCGUUCGUUCAGACAGAAGCGUGCACAGCGAUCCCGGGACUCCGCCGUCGGGGCCGGGCACCCCUCUCUCCGAAGGGGGCGCUUCUGGCCAGGAGAACCAGUCUGACGACGAGAAGUGGGGAGGCGGCGCCAAGAGCGACCAGUCCGAGGACGAGGAGGAGAAGCGUCACUACUCCGAUGAGGACAGGGAGAACUCUGACGACGAUGGGCCGAGGACCCGGAAGCCAGAGUCUGCAAAGGGGAGCGACAGCGAAGAUGACUUCAUCAGACAGAAAACCAAACCCAAAGCCGCGUCGGACUCAGAUUCAGACAGCGACGGCGACACAAAGAAGCCAACGAAAGCGGCUGCAGACGAUCUGUUUGGAGAAGCUGACGACAUCUCUUCGGACAGCGACGCAGAGAAGCCGCCGACCCCGGGGCAGCCUCUGGAUGGAGAGGACGGCAUGGAGGGGGAGCAGGCGGAGGAGGAUCCUGCGCCUGAAACGCGCAUAGAAGUGGAGAUCCCCAAAGUGAGCACAGACCUGGGGUCAGACCUUUAUUUUGUCAAGCUUCCCAACUUCCUGUCAGUGGAGCCCAGACCCUUUGAUCCCCAAUACUAUGAGGAUGAGUUUGAGGAUGAAGAAAUGCUGGAUGAGGAAGGACGGACCAGACUCAAACUUAAGGUGGAAAACACGAUCAGGUGGAGAGUGAAACGAGACGAGGAGGGCAAUGAAACACGAGAGAGCAACGCGCGUAUUGUCAAGUGGUCUGACGGCAGCAUGUCCCUCCACCUGGGCAACGAGGUGUUUGACGUGUACAAAGCUCCUCUCCAGGGAGACCACAACCACCUGUUCAUCCGACAGGGAACGGGACUGCAGGGACAGGCUGUGUUCAAAACCAAACUCACGUUCAGACCCCACUCCACAGACAGCGCCACCCACAGGAAGAUGACGCUGUCUCUGGCCGACCGCUGCUCAAAGACGCAGAAGAUCAGAAUCCUCCCCAUGGCUGGAAGGGAUCCCGAGUCACAGCGCAACGAAAUGAUCAAAAAAGAAGAGGAGCGUCUGCGGGCGUCGAUCCGCAGAGAGUCCCAGCAGAGGAGGAUGAGGGAGAAGCAGCACCAGAGGGGCCUGAGCAGCAGCUACCUGGAGCCCGACCGCUACGACGACGAGGAGGAGGGCGAGGAGGCCAUCAGCCUGGCGGCCAUCAAGAGUAAAUACAAGGGAGGAGGAGGCCUGAGAGAGGAGAGAGCGAGGAUCUACUCAUCGGACAGCGACGAAGGCUCUGACGAUGACAAAGCCCAAAGGCUGAUGAAGGCCAAGAAGCUGGACAGUGACGAGGAGGGCGAAGGAUCAGGCAAGAGGAAGGCAGAAGACGAGGAAGAAACGACCACUAAAAAGGCUAAGAAGUAUGUCAUCAGUGACGAAGAGGAGGAAGAUGACGACGAAUAGCUUUUUUUUUUUUUUUAAUUAGUUUUUUUUUUUUUUUUUUUGCCUUUUCCACUGUAUCAUCAGUGGUCAGUCCACCUGGCGUAUAAAUAGCCAUGUUUUGUAUAUUUUCUUAUGAUCUGUGUGUGUGUGUUUUAGGUUGUUUAUUUUCUGUACAGCAGAGAGGUGAGAAAUAAACGGUCGUCUUAUGUAA